AUGUUUAGGUCGUGCGACAUUUGCAACCUGGUCUUUUACGACGAGAAGUCGAUGGAAAACCACCGCAAGAGCCACCAGGAGGAGCCCCUGCGCGAGGACUUCACCUGCAACAUCUGCAACAAGCAGUUCGAGUUCCCGCGCUACCUCAAGGCGCACAUCAAGCGCCACGAGGAGAACUACAAAAAAUUCAAGUGUGACCUGUGCGAGAAGACCUUCUCCUCCAAACGCGACCUCACCGACCACCUGAACGUCCACGCCAACGUCAAGAACUACAGAUGCAACGUUUGCGACAAAGCGUUCCGUACCAAACAGAGCGUGUCGAAGCACAUGCCCAUACAUUCCGACAAGAGGCCGUUUCAGUGCAAGUUGUGCGACAAACGCUUCAAGAAGCAGUCGAUCCUACGGAAACAUUCCUUCACGCACACCCGCGCCCGUCCGUUCCAGUGCGACAUGUGCGACAAGCGGUACAAGUCCAAGGAGUCGUUGCGGGUGCACAGGCUGACGCACCAGAAGAACAAGUACCAGUGUAACGUGUGCGAGAAAUCGUUCAAGUUCAAUACGGUCUUCAAGAGACACGAGUGUUUCAGGAAUAGGCUGGAGUGGAACGUACGCAGGUGCGGGUAUUGUAAGCGGCAGUGUAGGUCGCAGGUGACUUACGCUUACCACGUCCUCGCCCAUUCGAGGGACAGGCUGUUCAGGUGCGACGUUUGCGGCGCGGGUCUGCGGUACGAGUAUCACGUUAGGCUGCACGGAAUCAAACAUAGGAGCGAAGUGAAGCUGAAACAGGGAGGUAGUAGUGGUUAGAAUUUUUAAUUUUUAUGUUUCCUUGGAUCUUGCCCAUUUUUUU